AGUGCGGUUGGUGAUACGGUGCCGUGGAAUGUCUGCAUAUAAAAACAUUAAAAUUAAAUACAAGACAUCUUUGUUUAUAAAAAUAUAUUAUAGAAAGAAACCAAAAUGAAUGUGCUGCAGAAAGUUUUGGCGGGAAAAUCAAUACUUAAUGUAGUGCAGAAGACGGAGGCGGAUCCUGUUGCUGAAUGGACACCCCUGUUGAGAGAACAAAACGAUGGAAGUUUUUCAAGAAGAGUAUUUAUAAUACCACAACGAUGGGUCAUGGCGAUCAUGGGUUUCUUGGCCGUGGCGAACGCGUACACUAUGCGAGUGUGCUUGAACAUCGCUAUCACGCAAAUGGUGCGGCGGCGGGCACACACCAUCGGUGUGGACGAUGGAGCCUGCCCUGGGGACAUUGAUGAGGUUGCAGCUGCUAAUGCUACGGAGAUAAGCGGCUUCGACUGGAGUGAAGAGACUCAAGGCAUCAUCCUCAGCUCAUUCUACUACGGGUACAUUGUCACGCACUUACCCGGGGGCAUGCUGGCAGAGAGAUUCGGAGGGAAAUACUCACUCGGUUUCGGAGUAUUGAGCACUGCUGUGUUUACGCUGCUCACUCCGUGGACCGUCAGUAUGGGUGGGGCCACUGGACUGAUCAUACUGAGGGUGUUGGAAGGACUUGGAGAGGGCACAACAUUCCCAGCCCUGAACACUCUUCUAGCCCGAUGGGCGCCAGUCUCCGAGAGAGGACGCAUGGGUUCCUUAGUAUUCGGAGGGGCUCAGAUAGGCAAUAUCGCUGGGACUUACCUCUCUGGUCUGGUCAUGAAGGAGACUGGGGAAUGGCAGUCGGUGUUCUACCUCUUUGGUGCACUUGGAAUCUUGUGGUUCAUUUUAUGGGCGAUCCUCUGUUACAAUGACCCCGAAUCUCAUCCUUUCAUUUCGGACAAAGAAAAGAAAUAUCUAGAAGAGGCUCUCGGAAGACAUCACAACAGCCAGCCAUCUUCUAUACCAUGGAAGGCCAUCUUCAUGUCUGUUCCUCUUUGGGCUCUUGUGUGUGCUCAGAUCGGCCACGACUACGGCUACUUCACGAUGGUGACCGACUUGCCCAAGUACAUGACUGGUGUUCUGAAAUUCGACAUCCACCGCACUGGAACCUUGGCCGCUCUACCCUAUGCUGUCAUGUGGGUCAGUUCCAUCAUAUUCGGCUGGCUCUGCGACAAGAUCGUCAAGAGGAAUUGGCUCACUGUCACCAAUGCUAGGAAGACUUUUACUACUAUCGCGUCAGUAGGCCCUGGCAUCUGCAUGAUCCUGGCAUCCUACUCCGGCUGCAACACCGAAGCUGUGGUGAUCCUGUUCACCGCAUCCAUGGGUCUCAUGGGCGCCUUCUACCCUGGCAUGAAGGUCAACGCGUUAGAUCUGAGUGGCAACUACGCUGGCACCAUCAUGGCGAUAGUCAAUGGCAUCGGAGCGAUCACUGGCAUCAUUGCGCCGUACUUGGUCGGACUUUUGACGCCAGAUAGCACACUAGUCCAAUGGAGAUUAGUCUUCUGGAUAGCGCUCGCCGUUUUUAUCGUGACAAACUUGGUAUUCGUCGCGUGGGCGUCCGGUGACGAACAGUGGUGGAACAACACAACGGAGGACCCAAAGAAACAGCAAGAAGUAGAGGCUGCCAACAACAAGUCCGUCAACGCUGAAGUCAAGUUGUAGACAA